AUGAAUAAUGAAUUACUUCAACAAUUUAGACCUUCAUAAAUGAUCAAUUGGGAUGAUAAUACAAAGAAGCUUAUAUUAUUGGGUAAUUUGAAUAAUUAAUGCGCAAUUCUUAUAUUAUAGAAGAAACCUUUUGAAAAGAAAGUUCAGCAACUAUCAUUUGAUUAAGCACUUUAAUAUUUCCAUAAUGAUAUAUAUACAAAAUACAAUUGUCAAAUGUUGAGUGAUAUUGAUUGUGAAUUGAUAUAUCCUGCAAAUUAGGUUCAUAUUGAUAAAUAUUCAAAAUCUGAUUCAAUUAUCAUAGAAGAAACCUAUGAUAUGUAUAAAGAAUAAUAAAUUAUAUAAAUGCCAUUAGAUUGGGUAUAUAAUAUAUUAGAAAAGAAGAAAGAGGUUGAAAAUAUUGUAUUUGAAAAUCAAACAUUUUUAAUUCUUAAAGAUUAUGUUUUUGUGAAUUCUCAAAGCUUAGAUGAUUUACAUUUGUUGGCACUUCCAUUUUAAAGAGAUAUAAAAUCAUUACGGGAUUUAAAUUAGGAUCAUAUAGGUAUGUUGGAAGAUAUGUAUACUGAAGGUUUAAGAAUAAUAUAGGAAAAAUAUAAAUUAGAGUAAAAAUUUAUAAAAGUCUUUGUUCAUUAUCUUCCUUCUUUUUAUCAUUUUCAUGUUCAUUUCACUCAUUCAAGUCAUAUUGGAUAAGCAUUUCGAGAUAUUCCUCUUUUAUAGAUUAUAUAAAAUAUUAAAUUAAAAAGCAAUUACUAUUAAUCAGUUGCACUUUAAUAUAUAACAAAAGUAAGAAUUAAUUAGGCUUGA